GCAUGUUUUGAAUUAGCGAACAUUGUUUAUGAAAGGUCCCAAGGAAUUUUUUUUUUAAUUUUGCGAAAUAAACAUGUGUGUGUGUUUGUUUUUAAAUUGUUUCAUCCAUCAAAAUCAUCAUCAUUAUAUAUAUAAAAUAAUGAAUUCAAUUGUAUCGAAAGAUUUUUGUGCUCGUUGUGGUUCAGUAUUACCAUUACCAACAUUUGAAAAUGAUUCAUCAUUAGUUACAUGUCCAAUUUGUAAUCUGACUGUUGAUGCAAAACAUUUUCAUGGACAAGCUACGACCGUACAAAGAAUAUGGUUUAAUCCUAGAUCAAAUCUAAAAAAACAACGUAACAAAGAAAUCAAUGCUGAUGGUCCAAUUGUUGAACGUAAAUGUAGCCGCUGUGGUCAUGAUAAACAAACAUUUGCCACAUUACAGACACGUUCGGCCGAUGAAGGACAAACAAUAUUUUAUACAUGUUUAAAAUGUGGUGCUAAAGAAAAUGAAAAUUCAUGAUUGAUUUAUCGAUCGUUAUUAUUAUUUUUUUUUAAUGAAUAAUUAAUAACACAUGUGUAAAUAUUUUCAAAAAACAUAAAUAUCAUAUAUAUAAUAUAUAUUUACAAAUCGCAAUUUAAUGAAU